AUGGAAGGGCACCGCGCGCUGUUGCCCGUGCCGGUGCCGCAGCCGCGGGCGUUCGCGCCGGUAGACGACGAGCAGGGCAGGGCCCUCUGCUCCGUCGGCGCGUCCUCCAGCGGGCGCCUGCCCGAUUCCGCACCGCCGCCGGCCUCGCACGGCGUCUGCGCGUCGCCGGCACGUGAGCGCCAUGGUGGCGGCGGUGGAGCGCGCGGCGGCGAGGGCGAGGCCGAGGACGCGCGGUCGUGCUGCUUCGGGCCAUCACCGACUACGCCCUCCGAGUGCGGCGGCGGCGGCGACGACGACGAAGACGAGGCCGACGCGGCGGACAGGAAGGUGGAGGCGCUCGAGGAGCUCAAGGGCGUCGUGGGGGCGCUCCAGGGCGCCGGGGGCGGCGCUUGCAUGUCCCGCGUCGAAGCGGCGGCGGCCGUCCGGAGGAAGGCCAAGGACGCCGCCGCCGCGAGGGAGAUGCUCGCGAUGCUCGGCGCCGUCCCGCCGCUCGUCGCGAUGCUGGACGAGGGCGGCGGCGGCGGGGAGGAGGUCACGGACGCCGUGCUGUACGCGCUGCUCAACCUGGGGAUCGGCAACGACACGAACAAGGCGGCGAUCGUGCAGGCCGGCGCUGUGCACAAGAUGCUCCGCAUUGCGGAGGGCGGUGCGUCCGCCGCGCUCACGGAGGCCGUCGUCGCCAACUUCCUCUGCCUCAGCGUGCUCGACGCCAACAAGCCCGUCAUCGGCGCGUCCGGCGCCGCCCCGUUCCUCGUGCGCGCGUUCCAGGGCGCGUGCGACACCGAGCAGGCGCGCCACGACGCGCUGCGCGCGCUCCUGAACCUCUCCAUCGCGCCCGCCAACGCGCCGCACCUGCUGGCGGCCGGGCUCGCGCCGACACUAGUGGCGUCCGUCGGGGACGCGCCCGUCACAGACCGCGCGCUCAUCGCGCUCUACAACCUCGUGGCGGCCUGCCCGGAGGGCCGCCGCGCGCCCGACGCAAUGCCGUUCCUCGUUGACGUGCUCAACUGGGCCGACGAGCCCGGGUGCCAGGAGAAGGCGGCCUACGUGCUGAUGGUCCUGGCGCACCGGAGCUACGGCGACCGCGCGGCCAUGGCCAUGGCCGCAGGGGACGAGGCGAAGGCCGUGGAGGCGUACCAGUGCGCGUGGGUGGGGAACACGGACGGCUUAGCGCGGUGGCCCCUUAAACUGUUAAGGCGCUGCAAGCCUGCGCCGCUCCACUCAAGCGACCGCGCCGGCAGGCAGCAGGGCGCGGCAGGCAGGCUCUGCAGGGCGCGGUCAGCUGCCUGCGCGUCAGGCUGCUCGGCAGUGCGCCCGGCAGCGGCGGCGGCAGUGGGGUGCGUGUGCACCGUGCAGCGGCUAGGUUACAGGGCCGGCUCUGUGAAUUCAAGGGCCUAG